AUGGUUGUUAUAGGAUUUGAGGAUGAAAUAAUUACUAAUGAAUUAUUGUCUGAUAUUUUAUUUAUUCCAAUUUUUAUUCGUAAUAGAUCGAAUUUUAAUUGUGCUAAUUAUCAGUUUCAAGAAAAAGAAUUAGGUGCAUGGCGAGCAAUAUUUCGUGCCUCUGGUUGUAUUAAUAUUACUCCAUUUACAAAAAAACAACACAUAAUUGAAUUUUGGACAAAAGCACCAGAUCUUUUAUCUGAUAGAGACAAUUUAGCAAAUCUUUUUAAAUCAGGAAUGUUAUUGUUGGUAGAAAAGAAAUCUUCUUUUCAGCUUAAUAGUGAAGAAAAUGAUAUAGUUAAUUCUGCACAAAAACACAUGCCACCCGAUAGAAAAGGGAAAAGAAAAGUAGCGGAAGGAACCAGUAAAAGGAAAAGUUUAUCUUUUGCAGAAAAAAAAGAAUUAUGCGAGUGGAAAAGAGAUAAUCCAUCAUAUAAUCAGGAAAAUCUUGCUAAAAAGUUUGGUAUAUCAAAGCCACAAGUUUGUAAAAUAUUAAAAGAAAAAGAUAAAUGAAUAUCCAUCGAUAUUUCAAAUAAGGAAUUUAA